AUGGGUUGGUUCUGGGGUGACAAAAAUGAUACUGUCCAAAAGCUCGAUCCGGGGCUUCGUGACUAUCUCGAACAGGAGAAGCCCGACAAAUAUGUGCCUGGACCCAAUGUGAAGCCGCCCUCGACGCCCACGCCAUCGCCCGAACCGUCUGAUACCUCGAAACCGAAAGUUCCUGCCGCAUCACUCUACCAAGAUGGCCGUUAUGCUGAUCUAUGGAAAACCUACAAGCCGCCGAUGGAGCUUGACGAAGAAUCGGGAGUCCGCGGAGCUUCGCGAGUGAUUGAAAAAUACAAGGAGCGCGGCGACACAGUGCAGCGAGCAGCAAUGGAGAACUGUGCCCUGGAGCAUGAAGCCUUGACACACUGUUUUAAGACGGGCAAUUGGCGGAAGCAGAUCGAAGCCCGGCUAACCAUGUGCUCGGAGCAGAAUGGCACCUUUUCGCGAUGCUUUACGACUCAGACUAAAUUCCUUCAAGCUCUCGGUUACGCAGCCGGCUUUGAAUAUGACGCCGAAAAAGAGGAGCGCAUUCAGAUGCAUGCCGACAAACUCUACCACCAGAUGCUAGACUACGAAAAGCGAAUCGAGGAAGCAAAGGCCGCUGGAAUUGAGCCACCGCCUCUCACAUCGCUUUUCAACCCAGAGAAGCCAUCACAAACCCCGGAAGUUGGCCUUGAGAUUCCUGGAGGGGAGGCAAUCCCGGAAGGGCUCAAACCGUCGAAGCCCUUACAGAAGCUCACGCCACAUGAGCGAGAGUUGGAGAUUCGGGCACACUAUGCGCAGCAGGAACAGCACAAGAUGUAUGCGCAGGAGGCUGCGCCCUUCAUGAAGACUCAAGACGAUGCUCGACAGAAGCGACAGGAUAGAGCUGUAAGCUGGUUUGGAGAAACUAUCGGCAAGUGGAUGUCGUAG